AUGAGGCCUUUACUCUGCCUCUCCGCUUCCCUUUUGUUCUUGUGCGCACACGGCGCCGAAAAUGCCAUUGACCCCGGUUCUGCCCGGGCCCAACUCUUCCGUGAGUUGAUAUCUCGCGCAGGAGUCUACAACUCAUUUCCCCCUGGUUCUCCGGCGUUGCCAUGCGACCAAGACUGCCAACCACCGUCACCACCGCUAAAGGUUGGCAUUAUUGGUGCAGGUGCUGCGGGGUUGUAUUCAGCUCUGCUGCUGCAGAGCCUGGAUAUCGACUUCGAAAUCCUGGAGGCAGACGGACGCGCGGGCGGAAGAAUCUACACCCAUUAUUUUGACCCGGAGGGUUGGAAGAAGUCGACCCCUCAGGAAGCUGCGUAUUACAAUUAUUAUGAUGCGGGUGCCAUGAGGAUUCCCGUUAUGCCCUACAUGGACCGGGUGAUUGGGACUCAAAACUGGUCCGUCGUCAGCUAUGUGAACUCGCACGUCAGUGACCGAGCUGACGCAAUUGAUCUGAUCCCCUUCAUCUUCUCCACGAACAAUACAUUCCAGAUGUAUAACAAUAUAUCUGUUCAUGCCAACGCGGGAAUAUCCCCCCCCUCCGAAUUCGCCGUUAUCAAUCCCGAUACGAUAUACAGCGACGCGCUCGCCGAACUGGUGGAUGCACUACAGCAAAACAUCGAUCAAGGAUAUACUAAGCUCUUGGAAUUCGACCAGUUGUCCGUCCGGGCAUAUCUUUUGCAGAAAGGCUUUACCAACGCCCAGAUCAAUUGGUUGGAAACGAUUGAGGAAGGAACGUUGUCCUUUGAUAAAGCCUCCCUUGCCCAGGCAGUCAUCGAACAAUGGAUAUUCACGGCUGCUCCUCUUGAUUCUUGGAUGACAAUCAACGGCGGCUUUGAACGACUAAUCCAUGGACUUCUUAAUGUUCUGCAUCACCCGCCGAAACUGCUCAACCGCGUGACCGCCAUCAAGCCCGGACAAGCGGAGUCCCUCACAGUUGUCGUGAACCAUACUGUUGAGCAUUCUUAUGACCAUGUAAUCAGCACAAUCCCGCUUGGAGCAACAAGGAUCCUCGACACGUCCACGUUGUCAGAUCUCAAUUACAAUACCACAAUGGCGUGGCGCGCUCUAGCCUACGAUGACGCAGGAAAAAUCGGCAUUUGGUUUAAGACGCGCUGGUGGGAAAACCCGGAUGUGUUACCUGCUCCUUUCGUCGGCGGGGGAUCAUCCACGGACCUUCCAAUCCGACGCUGCGUGUACCCAUCCUAUGGGCUUGAUGUCCACGAUGCUCCAGGAACAAUGAUCGCCAGCUAUACAUGGAGCCAAGAUGCCGCUCGACUAGCUGCGUUUUACCAAAGUGAAGAUCAGGAAGAAUUCAUAACGCACGUAGUCUUGGAGGAUAUGGCACGUUUACAUAACGUAUCCAUAUCAUUUCUCCAGGACCAGCUAGUGGAAGCACAUUUGUGGGACUGGUAUAGCCACCCAUACUCGAUCGGUGCUUAUGCUCUCUUUGCACCCGCACAAUUUUCAGAUGUUCUGCCGCCCCUGAUGCGGCCGAGUUGUAACGGAAGACUACACACAGCGGGCGAGGCCACAAGCAGUGGUCAUGCGUGGGUUGUUGGCGCGUUGAACUCGGCGUAUCGUGCUGUGAUGGAGGUCUUGGCUGUCGAAGGCAGAACAGAUUUGAUGGAGAAGAUGAUAAAGACAUGGGGACCGGUAGAUGAGGUGGAUAUGGGUUGGUUCAAGUCGCCAAAUCCGUGA